AGUCAAUUGGUAAUGUGCAACACAAAUGAAUCAAUAUUUUGACCGAAAGAAUUCCACAAAUGACUCAAUUUGCUGAUGUCGUUGAGUGACUUUUCUUCGAAAUGCAUGCAUCACAACACAUUUGUCGGAUGCAAGAAAAAAACUCAUAUAAAGUGUUGGAUAAUGAGGUUAUUUAUCCUUCAAAACGACAAGAACAUUUAGAAAACUGAGAUGUAUCCAAUAUGUAGCUCGAAUAAUGAACAAUCACUUGCAGGCCUUGAGUUGUGUGUAAAUGCCUAGUGAGAAUGCUUUAUAAUUUCUCCGAAUUGACGAGAGAUCAAACUAAGAGAAUUCAACUAAAUUUAUCUUAUCAGAGAUUUAACUAUUAUGACGACAAUCUCGUAAAAAUAUACCGAUCCAAUCAAAUUAUGUGUUCACAUAUAGAAUUGAUAUACAACAUUGUAUCAAUUCAGCAAUUGAGAUCACAUACGGGAUACAAAGAUAUCAGUCGCUACUCACCCCUCAAAUCAAUUAGCAAGAUGAUGAAUAAUGACCAAAAUCCCUCCUUACCAAAUCCUGCUUCCUGGUUUGUCUCACUCACCUCUCUCUCUCUUUCUCGCCUCCAUCCCCCAUUUCCUUUUCAGAGGCUGACACCUUCCCUCUCUCGCUCUCUGCUCCAUCAGACUGUCUGUUUCGGAUGCAGGCGAGACUUUCUACUCUCUACUCCCGAAUAGAACAGUGUUUAUGGCGGAAGGGAGUGGAGAAUUUCUUGGUGAGGAAGGAGAGGGACAGCCACGUGGAUGCACACACAAAAAAGUAACGGAAAAAGAUAUGCAAAAUUCUUUCUUCCUUCCUUCCAUAUAAACAGAGGAUCCAAAGAAACAAACCCCCUCUCUCGUCUCUCUGUCUGUCUUGGCUUUGCUGCCCUGGUGGUGGUAGUAGAGAAGCUGCGGAGGUUCCAAAGACAAGUGUUGGGAGAAGUUGCCAAAUUCACUUCCAAGUGUUGCUCCGCCCACGCCGCCUCUUAACACCUCAUCCCUUCCCUCCAUCCAUCUCUCUUUCCAUCGCCUUUUGCUGCCUGAACACAAACAGACCUCUGGCACACUCUGUUCCAUUCUUUUCCAUUCAUUUUCCCGGGUGCUUCCACGCCCAAAUUGUUUGUUUUCUUUUCUUUUUUCCCCGAUUCCUCCACACCACCACCACCAUUGUUUCUCCUCUUCAUCACGUGCUUCUUCUAAUUCAACGGGUAUAUGUACACCACCUAGCCUCUCAUCACUCUUCGAGUCCAUUUCCCUCUCCCCUGUUUCUGCUCUGUUUUCAGCUCAGCUCAACUCCUCUUCCGAUUCCGCCCAACAAUGGCGGUCUUGUUCUUGAUCCUGUAGUUCUAUAGGGUUUGAACCUUCAUUCGAUUUGGAAUUUUUUCUGUCACAUCCUCGUUUCAAUGGCUUCGAUUCUCCGGUUUCGGAAGCUCUGCUACUUGGAGCCGGUGAAAUUGAAGUCUUACGAUGACACCCAGAAGAAGGUUGAACCGGAUAAAGAAACUGCUGUUGUCCCCAAACCUUGCUUCUUCCCGGAACCCACAAAGAGGGUUCCGCCGCCUCCCGCGAGAAGGUCCGGCGGGAAGGAAUGGAGGUGCAUGGACAACUGCUGUUGGACGAUUGGGUUCCUCUGUACCACUUGGUGGCUCUGUCUAUUCCUCUUCAACUGUUUGCCGGCGACUCUGCCCGGAUUCCAAGUACCCGAAUCCCCCGGAGUUCGGCUCAAGCGCGAAGGCCUAACCGCACUUCAUCCCGUCGUCAUGAUCCCCGGAAUCGUCACCGGCGGUCUCGAGCUCUGGGAAGGAAAGCCUUGUGCUGAGGAUCUCUUCCGGAAGCGCCUCUGGGGCGGUGGCUUUACUGAAAUCAUUAGAAGACCAUUGUGUUGGUUGGAGCAUUUGUCCUUGGACAAUGAAACCGGGCUCGACCCGCCGGGGAUCCGAGUCCGAGCAGUUCCCGGUCUGGUCGCCGCCGACUACUUUGGGCCGGGAUACUUCGUCUGGGCUGUUCUUAUUGAGAAUUUGGCCAAAAUUGGGUACGAAGGGAAGAACUUGUACAUGGCAGCUUAUGAUUGGCGGCUCUCUUUCCAGAAUACAGAGAUUAGGGACCAGGCACUGAGUAGAUUGAAGAGCAAAAUUGAGCUAAUGUAUGUGACGAACGGCUACAAGAAAGUAGUGGUGGUUCCACAUUCCAUGGGAGUUAUCUAUUUCCUUCACUUCCUUAAAUGGGUCGAAACCCCGCCUCCCACGGGAGGAGGGGGCGGUCCGGGCUGGUGCGCCAAGCACAUCAAGACUGUGAUGAACAUCGGACCCACGUUCCUCGGAGUUCCGAAGACCGUUAGCAACUUGUUCUCUGGGGAGGCGAAAGAUGUCGCAUUCCUAAGGGCUAUGGAUCCUGGUCUAUUGGACUCCGAGAUGCUUGGAUUGCAAACAAUGGAGCAUCUCUUGAGGGUGGGUCGAACUUGGGAUUCGAUUGUUUCCUUGCUUCCCAAGGGAGGAGAAACUAUCUGGGGCAACCUAGAUUGGUCUCCUGAGGAAAACCAUGCUUGUGAUUUGUCUAAGAAGAAGGCAAUUGGUGAUCAAAACUCGACUGACCGUAAUGCAAAGAGAUUUGCACUUAAAGAGGCUGUUAAGUAUGGAAGGAUGAUCUCAUUUGGCAAAUCAGCAGCGGAGUUACCAUCCUUGCUCCUUCCAUCUCUCGAUCCGAAGGAUCUACUACUUGCACAAACUACCACGAAGAAGAAUUCCACUUCGUCGUGCAGUGAGGUCCGGACAGAAUACGACGAGAUGAACAGAGAAAUCAUUGGAAAGAUCGCGGAGAACAAAGCAUACACCGCUCGAACGGUUCUCGAUUUACUAAGGGCGGUAGCUCCCAAGAUGAUGAGACGAGCCGAAGCUCAUUUCUCCCAUGGCAUAGCUGACAAUCUCGAUGAUCCGAAGUACACACAACAUUACAAGUACUGGUCCAACCCACUGGAGACAAAGCUGCCGGAUGCUCCUGACAUGGAGAUCUACUGCUUGUACGGAGUAGGAAUUCCGACGGAGCGAUCGUACGUGUACAAACAAUCGCCCAUCAGCAGGUGCAAGAGCAUCCCAUUCCGGAUCGACAGUUCGGUGAAUGGAGACGGAGAGAGCUGCCUGAGAGGCGGGGUGAACUUCGUGGAUGGCGACGAGAGUGUGCCCGUGUUGAGCGCAGGGUUCAUGUGUGCCAAAGGUUGGAGAGGCAGGACGAGGUUCAAUCCGUCCGGGGCCUCGACUUACGUGAGGGAGUACCGGCACAAGCCCCCGGCUAGCCUGCUCGAAGGGCGGGGAGUCGAGAGCGGGGCCCAUGUUGACAUCAUGGGGAAUGUUGGUCUGAUAGAAGAUGUGAUGAGGGUUGCUGCUGGCGCCACCGGUUUGGAGAUCGGUGGUGACAGGAUUCAUUCCGACAUCGUUGGAAUGUCGGACCGGAUUAACAUCAGACUGUGAGGGGUGGUGGUCAUCGGAAGAGAAACAUGCUGAGGACUGAGGUUGAGGUGUAGAGAAGAAACUAACAAGGGGAAGAGGAGAACUGAACUGCAGCAUUUGAUUUUUAGAGAAAAGAGAGAGGGAGGGCUUUUUGUGCAUAAGAUUGAAGUGGACUUUCUGCCAAGCUAGAAGAAGUUAUGACUUUGACUUGUUAGAUUUGUGGAGCAAGGACAGGAGGUAGGAAAGAGUGUCAAUUUUGGGUUUUUGUUAAUUGCUGCCAAGUUCUCUGGAGUGCCCUGUAAUCAAAUAAAAAGUUGGGGUUUGAAAUAAAUUCCCAUGUUCCAUCUUGUAAUCAUCUACUAAUAAUUAAGGGGAAAUGAAUGUUUGUGGAACACUUAGAUCGCUAAGUCGUAUUGUUAUCAUGAUGAUUCCACUGGACUAUACGUCAGUAAAUGGAGAUUAUGCAACCAAAACAAUCCUAUCCUACUAAAUACAAUCACAUCCUUAAGUCUAAGUCAAAAUGUACCAUCAUCACAAAAUGGCGGUAGCAGAUCUAAAACAUGAAGAUCUAAUUGUUCCCAAAUCGUACAAUGACUCAAAUCACUCGAUGAGGAUCCGUCGAACAAUUUUCUAAAUCAAGGCCUAAGUUAGGCGUACCCAACUCAUAAUGGGCCAGCAUACACGUGUGUGCAUGUGUAAGAAGCUGUAAGGCCCAAUACCAUGUAAAUGUAAAGGUCUGCCCACUAGAAUUGAAUCCAAAUCCAACGGCCCAAGUUCCAGAGAAAAACAGUGAUAAAUCUGAAAUGGGGCCAAAGCCUCGAGAAUGUGCAAUGGGCUAGAUGAUUAGAAGAAGGCCAAAACUACGGUGACGCUAUUAAAAUUGCGGCACCGGUGCAGCCUCAUUUGAUUGGGCCACGUGACUGCCUAUAUGACUCGAUUAUGCAUUUUCUCAAAACUUAACCGAACCAGUCGCCCGUUAACCGGCUCCAAUAAUGGGAAGAUUCAGUCGGGAACGCCGGAGGAGCCCAGAACAAUGAAAACAGAGUAAGAUAUGGCCCGGCGGAGAUAACUGUCUACACAAGCAAAUCGACCAAACGUAUAAUCAAGUUCUAAGACAACAAUGAGAUAAUAUUUCGAGAAAACCACUCAUCUGACGCCCAGAAUUGAUCAAGUUUGGCUGAACGCCUACUGAAGGAAUUAUUUUCCUUUAUAAAUUGUAUCUCAUCAGAGGAACGUGAGAUGAAAGCAAAAGGAACUCGUAGCUAAUUUUUGAACCAGUGAUAAUCGUCAUCAUCAAUUAAGGCACCUAAAAUUGCGAUUUGGGAUUUGACAAAGGAUUGGCUUUUAGCAUGCAGAGAAUGCAGAAAUUCAAUGCAAGUUUUGAAGAGGUAAAAAUGGUCAACAAUGAUUCAGGGCAAGUUUUUGGAUCCUAGUUAGAAACCAAUUUUGCAAAUCCCAAUUUGGAUUCAAACCGAGUGUACAUGACUCAAUUCAAACCAAGUGCGACGUUGUUAAAAUUGCGCUGACUACAUUCAUCGACGAUAGCGACUUCGCUCCACCCCUUCAACUCAAGAUCUGUCUCGGUCCAGAGCCCAGAUCUGUUCUUCAUGACAGAUAGCUUAGCGCAUUGAGAGAGCGCAGCCGGCGUUGGAGUUUAUCCAUGGAUCGAUGGGAUUUCACAUACUCGUUUGCUAGCAUAUUCAACGUUAGAUCUCUGCCACUGAGGUAUAGUGAGGAUGAAAUGGUGGUUCUUUUGUUCGGAUUCAGUGUGUUUGCUUUUAUUGGUCAGUUGGUCGGUGCCCGAUUGAUGUGCAAUCGGUUUGGGCUGGGUUAUUUAGAAGAUAUAAUCAAAUUGGAUAAGUAGCCAUUUGGCCCAAUUAAAAGAGGCGGCACCGGUACCGCAUUUUUAACAGCGACACUGUAGUCUUGGCCUUAGAAGAAAGCUAGCCGGGGCAUGGUAUUUCUCUUGUCUGGUUCAUAGAGGUGGCAAAUGGAUUGGAUUGGUGGAUCCAUGGAUCAAAUGUAUUGGAUCUAAUGGAUUGGUGGAUUCAUGGAUUGGAUCAAGUGGAUUGGUGGAUUAUCCAUGAAUCCAAAUGACAUCCUCAACCAAGGACCAAUAUGUAAAAUGUAAAAAGUUUAGGUACUAAAAUGUCAUAAUGAAAAAUUUUAGGUACCAAAACGUAAUUUUCCAAUGAUAUUUUUCGUAUAAAAAAUUAAAUUUUAGAUACCAAAAUGUAAAAAAUAAAAAUUAUAGGUACUAAACCGUAAUUUGCCAAUGAUCCAUGGAUCCAAUCCAUGAAUCCACCAAUCCACCAAUCCAAUUGGAUUUGGAUAAAAUGGAUUGGAUUUAAAUGGAUUGGAUUAAGUGGAUAUUUUUAAUGGAUUGAUGGAUUGAAUUGGUGGAUUGGAUUGAAAUUGCCACCUCUACUGGUUCAUUAUAAGUUUUAAUUCCUGCCAAUGAAAUGGUGAACAAUCAUACAACUAUAUAUAUAGUUGGUAUCAAAACAAAAGGCAGUAAUACGUCUGAAAUCGUUCCUAUACAUAAUUUUAUUUUGUAUAUAAAAAAAUACUCCUCCAUUAUUGCGUUAUUCUAGAGGCGCAACGUAAAAGAUACGAUGGGAGGCUGAAAUCAAAAGCAGAAGUGUAGAGGAAGCAGGCACACAUGCACAUGGGGCAUGCAUGCAUGUAUGCGGAACCCACCAUUGUACGUCACACAUCUCGACACUGAUACAUAACAGAUAACGUGAUAAAAACGUACAAGAUCUAUGCUUACUGAUCAAAUUCCCACCAUUACUGGGUAGCUGAAGGAGGUUAAUUAUUAGAACUUAGGUUUAUACUCGUCAAAUUUUAAGUACCGGGAGUGUGUAAAAAAAUGAUAUGAAAUCCGAUUCAAAACUUCGAAUUCAAAUUCGAACGGUAAGAAAAGUGAGUAUAACCAUGCUAAAACAAAUGUUAUCUUGAUCGUUUAACGUUAGUGGAGCUCGUGAUAUUUUUCCCAUUUUCAGAAUGAUAAUCUCGUGGAGCUCUUGAUGGGGCAUUGUAAAAUGGCCGUAUCGGAAAAUUCACUGGUGAAGUAUUUUAUGAUUAAAUCGUGGUUCAACUAUUUCAUACCCGUAAAAUCACCUAUUGGUUUAGGCUCCAAUUUUUCUCUCUCGAUCGGACAGUUAGUACGGUACGAUUUUGCAAUCACAACGACUUGGCUGCUCAAUCACAUCGUUAAAUUAACACCGACCGGUUCUGAUCGAUUUACCGGGACUUGACUGCAUAUACGGAAUACGGUAAUGUAGAGUUAAACCGAGCGCAUAAAACCAGAUAUAUGAUGCUCGGUUAUGGUCGAUCGAACCGAGUUUAAUACGCUGCCUCGACCCAAGUCUUACAAACCAUGAUGAGCAGAAACCAAAUAUCGUUUAAUGCGUUUUAGAUUUUCCCUCCCUUCUUUUGUUAACUGCUAGUGCGGUUUAUCAUUUGCCAUGCCCCCUGCCCCUGGUCCCUGAAAUAGAAAAAGGUAGUUGGGUGAGAUUUUGGUGCACGUUUUUUAGCAUAUUCUUUUGCCGCUGCGGGUCGAGUUGUUGAGAGCAAGAUGCCAACAGACAUAUCAUCAUCGAUAAUAUGGACUAGUAGUACUGUGGAACUACUGUUAUACUUAUACCACAGUCCAUACUCCAUAGUAUACCCAUCUCUCUCUCUCUCUAAACGCAAACCAUGCAUUGCGUUUUAGAUUUCCCGUAUAACAGACCCCAAUCACGGGAAGAACGAAAUGGAAAUUAAUACAUAUGUGAAAAUUGAAUAUAGCUGCAUUGUACCUGAAAAAGGUCACAUUCAUAUACAACGGGAAAACACCAGUUGUCAAAAAAAAAAAAAAAUGGAAAACACCAGUUACUAUUUCAAUACCAAAAUUCGUAAUUCGUUCAACCUCGAACUUGUUAUCAUCUAACAUACUAAGACUGAAAAAGUUUGUUGAUUAUUGUUGGAAUAAUAAUUAACCAAGUAAUAUAUCGAUGUUUACGAACGAUUAGGAGUGUUGUUAGUCGACUAAUUACCAUAUAUGCAUUAACCAUUCUUCAAUCCUUAUUAUUAUUAUAUAUAAACUUGAAUCCAAAUUACUGUUGCCUAAAAUUUUUAGUUUUGGUCACCUAUUUUUUUCAGUUUUACAUUUAUUACCAUCAUAUAAUAAUAAUGUCAAAUCAAAAUGGGUUUUUCAUUGGGGUUGUGCUAUUGGAGUAAUGUGUUUCUUUUUGUUGUUGACUUUUUCUAUAUAUUUUAUUUUAUAAAAAUCUAGGUUUUAUGUAUAAUAAUAUUUUCAUUAAAAUGCAAUAUGGGUAGACAUGAUAACAAUUCGGAGUCAGAUAAUGGAUAUAUAUAUUUCCUAACCCAAAAUAGUUCGGGUUUUACACAUAUCGAUACCCAUAUAAGCAUCAGAUAAAAUAUCAAAUCAUAU